GAACUCAAUCUCAUCUGGUCUCUGAUCGGAUCAGUGAAUCGUCGUUCAUAGAUCCUCCAGUUGCCAUUGAAUUCAUCCGCUGAUCUGUGCCAAAAAUGGGUUCUUCAGGUCCAGAUCUGGGCUGUAGAGUCUUCCCGGAGGCGGCCGAUCUCUUCGACUGCUUGCCGGACUCGCUCGUCAUCAUCGUCUUCAACAAGAUCGCCGACGUGAAGGAUCUCGGACGGUGCUGCGUCGUUUCGCGGCGGUUUCACUCCCUCGUCUCCCAAGUCGAGAACGUCGUCGUUCGUGUGGACUGCGUGAUUUCAGACGAUGAUGCCGCUUCUUCUUCGUCGGCGUCGUCUACCGCCUCCAUUGCCCACAGGGCCCCUCACUCUUUUUCCUCCCUCCUGCGGAUUGCCUUUUCGGGGAUUCUGAAGCCCAUCCAGUCUCUGUCACAAUUCAUCGCCACCUCCACCCGAUGCGAUGUGGCUGCCAUCGACUACGAUGGAUUUGAGCAGGACGUGGUUACUCACCACUCCCCCGGCCAGGUUUUGAAGAAUUUUAGGGAGAUCAAGUUCCUUCGGAUUGAAUUGCCCAGUGGAGAGCUUGGAAUAGAUGAUGGGGUUUUGCUGAAAUGGAGGGCCAAUUUCGGUUCCACCCUUGAAAAUGGUGUUAUCCUGGGUGCGUCAUGGGCUAUUCCUCCAGCAACCCAACAAACAAACAUUGAUACUAGCAUCCCUGGUAUUCUUCAGCAGGCCAACACAACCACUGGGUCGGCCAUAGAUGAAAUCGCCGAGCACGAGUUUCACACUAAUGGGGCACUGAAACUGCGUGUGGUAUGGACGAUCAGCUCGCUGAUUGCAGCUUCUGCAAGGCAUUAUUUGCUGCAGCCUAUAAUAGCAGAGCACAAGACUCUGGAUAGACUGGUCUUGACGGAUGCGGAUGGUCAGGGUGUUCUUUCUAUGAACAAGGAGCAGCUUGAGGAGCUGAGGGUGAAGCCAUUGUUGGCAUCUGCAGCAUCAAAGAGGACUAUGGUUCCAGCUCUUACGCUCCGUUUAUGGUAUGCCCCUCAUCUGGAGUUGCCAGAUGGCACAGUAUUGAAAGGGGCAAGCAUGGUGGUUAUCAGACCAAGUGAACAGCCCAAGAAUGAUGUGAUUGGGACUGAUGGAAAUUUGAUUGCUUCCCUUUUUGAAGAGCCUUAUGGGACUGCAGUGAGGAUGUUGGUGAAGCGAAGGACGUAUUGUCUUGAAAUGAACUCGUUCUGAAUGUGCAAUCCAUGGCUAAGUUUUUGGAAGGACUUUAAGGAUCGGCGAUUCUAAAGAAGGCGAUUUUCAUGCAUUGUUGAAGCCAGAGUUGUUUUUUUCUUUCUUUUCUCAUGGGAGCUUGUAAGACUGCCAUUUUGACAGUUGAUCAAAAGGUCUGGCCAGUAAAUGUGUUCAUCUGUUGGGCCAUCAUACUAAAGAUAAAGAACCAACCAUCAGCUGACUUCAUGCUAUAGAAGCUGUAAAUGUCUCUCCUCAGUUAAUCAAAAGGUAAAAGCACUUGUCUUUUUUCUUUCUUCCAGAUCUCAGUGUAUAUGCCCUAAGAAUGCAUAUGGAUUGAGUUGUAAAGUCUUUAUGCAUUUUACGUCGUCUCCUUUGACACAUUUACUAUUAUAUUCCUGUGAAUAUUGUAUUAUAUACUCGUUUCGUAACACUUUUGUAAUGUUAAUUAUAUGAUGGAUUUAACAACAUUUAACACUUUGUUGCAACAGAUUUGUCUGUUU